CUGGAAAUAUUUAAGUAUAUCAUUUUAUUGAUUGCCCAUUAGUCUAAGGAUUUGGUCAUUUACUGCUAACAAUACACACAAACUACACAUUAUAAAUUGCUUGUAAUGUAGUUACGCACAAUUAAUUGCAUAAUUUUUUUAUUUGAAUAGCUUUAUUUAGAGGAUGAUGCGGGUUUUGAUUAAGUAUUUUUUUUCAAUACAGAAUUUCAAAAUCUUGUUUGAAGAAAAUGCACCAUAUAUUCCUCAAAUAAUGCCAGCUAAAGCGAGCGCCAAUCUAAGUAAUCCACCUAUACCCCGAACUUCAAAAGCAUCUAAAGUUCCUCCAAAACAAUCACAAAGUGAUCAACUCAUUCCACUCUGGAAGAAGCUAUCAAAAGGGAAGCGUAAAUGUCAAGAGGUUAUUGUUAAAUCAAUUCAAAAAGAACUUGGGCCACGUUAUUUAGAACUAACAUGUUUAGGUAUUAACGUGUUUAGAUAUAAAGCUCAACAAGGUGAGCAUCAAAUGGAUUGCUACAACAUCUUUGGUUCGGGAACCUGCCCUAUAUCAGUAUCAACAUGGCAACAUGGUGGAUUGAUAGCAAAAGAAAUAAAAAAUAUUAUGUACUUUACGAUGAAAUCAAAGAACCUGGAAUCCCACUUGAUGAGGCGUUAGAAUUAUAUUCUGAAUCAAGUUCGGAUAUAUACCAGAAAUAACAUACCUGAAAGCAUCUCCGGAUAGAG